CGGGUGGCCGAGGGCGGCGAGCGCGGCCGGAAAGAAAAUCCCAAAUUUUUGUGGCUGCUUUGUGGAAGAGAGCAGUGAAAUCUUUAUAGAUUACAGGCUGAAAACACUAAGCUUUCUCCCCACCUUGCCUUGUUUUUCAAUAUACAGUUCACACUGGUUUCAUAUGUGAUGAGGAGACAAGCAAACAGUGGAGAAGAGCAGCCGUAGAUACAAUGCAGAUAAGCAAGAAAGAAAAAUUAAGGACGAAAAGACGGAGCUGUUUCUAAAAAAAUGAGAUGGUACACUUGGAAAUAAUACCAUAAAGGCUCAUUAUUUUAAACAACUAUUGAUUACACCCUGGGGAUUUUCACCAAUUCCACUUGAUACUGCUUUUAAAAUGUUCUUUGGCCUGUUAAUGAUUAAAGAUUUGGAUUUCACUCUUUACACUAAAUAUUUUUAUGGAGUCUACUUGAGCGCUGAUCUUUGCAUGGAAAUAACAGAAAAUUCCAAGAAAUGGAAGCCGCUGCCAGUGAAAGAAGAAAAGCUGAGUAUCAUCAGGGUUAAUAGCUCCUAUUUGAGAUCCAUGAAUGAGUACAGAGUUACUUUUCUGUAUCGAACUUUCAAGUUUCAUUAAUAAUAUGCUGCCUCUCCAGGACACAGGUGCACUCACGCUACAAAGGCUAUCGGUUCGUCACGUGGAAUAGAAGAGCUAGAGGAACAAUGGCUUCAAAGGUCUCGUGUUUAUACAUUUUGACAGUAGUUUGUUGGGCAAGUGCUCUUUGGUACUUGAGUAUAACUCGUCCGACUUCUUCCUACACGGGCCACAGACAGGUCAGUAGCAUAUCCAUAGCCAGAAAAAACGUUUCCUUUGGCAACAUAAGAACUCGACCUAUAAAUCCACAUUCCUUUGACUUCCUUAUCAAUGAACCCAACAAAUGUGAGAAGAGUGCCCCAUUCUUGGUCAUUCUUAUCAGUACAACUCACAAAGAGUUUGAUGCAAGGCAGGCCAUUCGAGAAACGUGGGGCGAUGAAAACAACUUCAAAGGAAUCAAAAUCUCCACACUGUUUCUUCUUGGAAAAAAUGCAGAUCCUGUGUUAAAUCAAAUGGUAGAGCAAGAAAGCCAAAUUUUUCAUGACAUUAUUGUGGAAGAUUUUAUCGACUCUUACCAUAACCUCACUCUGAAAACGUUGAUGGGGAUGAGGUGGGUAGCAACAUUUUGUUCAAAAGCGAAGUAUGUCAUGAAGACAGACAGUGAUAUUUUUGUAAAUAUGGACAAUCUUAUUUAUAAGCUGCUGAAACCUAACACCAAGCCAAGGAGAAGGUACUUCACAGGUUAUGUUAUAAACGGAGGACCAAUAAGAGAUGUUCGCAGUAAGUGGUACAUGCCCAGAGAUUUGUAUCCCGACAGCAAUUACCCACCCUUCUGUUCAGGCACUGGCUACAUUUUUUCAGCUGAUGUAGCAGAACUGAUUUACAAAACCUCCCUUCAUACCAGACUUCUACAUCUUGAAGAUGUGUACGUUGGACUCUGCCUUCGGAAGCUGGGCAUUCACCCCUUCCAAAACAGUGGCUUCAAUCACUGGAAAAUGGCCUACAGCUUGUGCAGGUACCGCAGGGUGAUCACAGUGCACCAGAUAACACCAGAAGAAAUGCACAAAAUUUGGAAUGACAUGUCCAGCAAGAAACACCUUAGAUGUUAAGAUUUUUACAGAUGUAAAUACCUUUUUUUAAAUUUUGGUUGAGUUUGGUUAUUUUUUGACAAAGUGAUCUGCUGACUUACAGGUUAAACUGUGGGAUAUUAACUGUGAGAGGCUUUUUAAUGACUGAUUUUUCAUUCUCACUUUGACUACUGGUUUACAAACUUCAGGCUCUUUUUCAUAAGGACAUUAUGCCAACUGAAAGAAUCUGGAGUCAAAUCUCAGAUUUUGUAAAUUAUCAUCUAUUGCACAUAUCCAUUCUUGCAUCUGUGUGUAAAAGGACAGUAAUCAACUAUUAUGAGCUGCUUAACAAUUCACACCCCAGCCUCUGAGAUAAGACUCAGGCUCUAAGAAAUGAAGAAUUACAAACAUACUUUUAUUCUCCUUUUGACACCCUACAACCGUCUCUAUUUAGAACCUUGUUAAUAAAUUAAGCAGCAUACAUUUGCACUGAAAUGAUGUACCUACUUUGACAUGUGUAUUUUAUAGUACUUGUGCAAUUCCCAAAUAGCUUACUAAUGGUAUAAUAGCAGAAUUUAGACAGGUAAGAACAUCAAAGUUUCAUUGGCCUUACAAACAAACCCACACACUGAAAUAUAUUUUCAUCCACCAAAUGGCAUUACUUUAAAUUAUUUCAGAAUAGCCCAUUUCUUUACACUUCUUAAAUGGCCCAUAAAAUAUGUAACACAAUUUAAAAAUUAAGUAAAUCUGUAGGUGAAAUAAGGCAGGGGAAAUGUAUGAAAAACUAUCUUUAAAAUAUAUGAGAAAAGCAUGAAUAUCUUAACUCUUAAUUUCAAAGCAAGGCAACGUCUGUCAUUAGUAUUAAUGGAUUCUCCAUUAAACACCUUGAAUAGCAAUAUAUAAUUAUCCUGAAUGCUAAAAGUGUCAAUAAACAGCACAUUUCAACAUCAGUCAGUGCACUAUUUACCUGAAAACAAGUAACACAAUAGCAACUUUUUAAGGGGAAGCUUUACUUUGUGCUGCAGUACAUCUAGAAACAAGUCCUAACAGAUUUUUAAUGGUGUAGAAAUGAGGAAUUUAG